ACGAAAUAAUUGUUCCUGUUCUCUUUCUUAAGUCAUUUGAAACACUGUCCCUGCUAGUUUUCAAAGUUUACUGCAACUUCUGCACGGGGGGAGAGGGAGAGAGAGAGAGAUUACCAACACGAGAGCAGGUAGAGAGUAGGGCAAGAUUCCUUCCAGCUUCAACAUCUGGGUCCCAUGAUGUUUGUAGCCUUGGACAGUGGAAUAAAGCAGGGCUCUCAGUGAAAGCCAUCAAAGGGGGAUUUGCGCUCUACUUAAGAAACAGAAAAAAGCAUAGAUUAUGACUGUAAAGCUGAAUGCACUUUGGAGAGCGGUCAGAGGCUUUUCCUCCCCUGAAUUUGCCAGGAAUUAAAAAAAAAUAAAUAUGAUGAAGAACGAAGAUGCAAACUGCAGUGUGGACAAUACGCAAGCUUCUCCCUUUUCCCGCUGCCUGCAGCCACUGAGUCCUGUUACAAAGCCACACAGAACAACUCAUUUUGGUGAAGAAUUCAGACAGCAUCUUUCACAUUUCCGUUAUGGCACUCCUCCUCUUGGAGACAUGGAAAGUUUCCAGGGGUCCUUGGAAGGAGGGUCUCGGAAACGCAAGAGCAUGCCAACAAAGAUGCCCCCUUCUAUUGCUCUUGAGGGCUCCUCAUCCCCACCGCACAGACUUGAAGAUCAUAAUGAUAUAGAUUCUUCUAGUCUUCCUAUGGCGUUUCAACAACCAGCACAGCCAAAGUACAGUUCCCAGAUGAUUGAUCUCUGCAACUUUGGUUUUCAGUUCUAUAGAUCUCUGGAGCCCUUUGGAGCCAAGUCUAUUAAACAAGAACCAGUGAAAUCCAAUUUGGCAUGGCCCAGUAGUCCAGCAUUUGUGCAGGCUCCUUAUCCUUAUUAUCCUAAAGUCCAUCCUGGCUUAAUGUUUCCUUUUAUCAUGCCCCCAAAUCUUCAUUUCAGGAACCCUUUUCAGAUGAAAAGGCCUCCAGAACCAUCAUUUCAGAGGGCUGAAGUAAGAGAAAGUGGUGAAAAUAAACAGAAAGUGGAGAGAGUAGAUGUCAACCUUCAGAUAGAUGACAGCUACUAUGUUGAUGUUGGGGGUGAACAGAAACGCUGGCAAUGCCCAAUGUGUGAGAAGUCCUAUACAUCCAAGUACAAUUUGGUUACCCACAUCUUGGGGCACAGUGGCAUUAAGCCACAUGCUUGCAAUCGAUGUGGUAAGCUUUUCAAGCAACUGAGCCACUUGCACACUCAUAUGCUAACUCACCAGGGCACCAGGCCACAUAAAUGCCAGGUGUGCCACAAGUCUUUCACUCAAACCAGUCACCUUAAGAGACACAUGAUGCAGCACAGUGACAUCAAGCCUUACAACUGCAGGAUCUGUGGAAGAGGCUUUGCCUAUCCUAGUGAGCUGAAGGCGCAUGAGUCUAAGCACGAGAGCGGCCGAGAGAACAUUUGUGUGGAGUGUGGUCUGGACUUCCCCACGCUGGCUCAGCUGAAGAGACACUUAACAACCCACCGUGGCCCAAUACAAUACAAUUGCACUGAAUGCGAUAAGACCUUCCAGUACCCAAGUCAGCUGCAAAACCACAUGAUGAAGCACAAAGACAUUCGUCCAUAUAUCUGCACUGAGUGUGGCAUGGAGUUUGUGCAGCCCCACCACCUCAAACAGCACUCUCUAACUCACAAGGGUGUGAAAGAGCACAAGUGUGGAAUCUGUGGCCGGGAGUUUACUCUGCUGGCCAACAUGAAGAGACAUGUCCUGAUCCACACCAAUAUCAGAGCCUAUCAAUGCCAUUUGUGCUUCAAGAGCUUUGUGCAAAAGCAGACUCUCAAGGCACACAUGAUUGUUCACUCUGAUGUCAAACCCUUUAAAUGCAAGUUGUGUGGAAAAGAGUUUAACCGAAUGCACAAUUUAAUGGGACACAUGCACUUGCACGCGGGCAGCAAGCCCUUCAAGUGUCCCUACUGUCCCAGCAAAUUCACCUUGAAGGGGAACCUAACCAGGCACAUGAAAGUCAAACAUGGGGUCAUGGAAAGAGGAUUUCAUUCUCAAGGUUUUGGAAGAGGGAGAAUUGCUCUGUCCCAGACAAAUGUGUUGAGAAGCUUGGAACAGGAAGAGCCCUUUGAUCUUUCCCAGAAAAGCCAAGGGAAGGGGAUCUCAUUUCAUUCGGAUGGCGAGAGUGCCAAGGGAAGCUCAUGCCAAGAAGAAGAGGAAGACAACUGCUAUGAGGCAGAGCAGUACAGCCCUGGUGUUUAUCAUCAUGACAACAACAAGUUGUACGUUCCUCAAGAUCUGUCUGGAAAACCACAGUGCAUGAUGAAGGGCCUCAGAGAGUCCUACUGCAGUGAGAAGGAAGAAAUGUUAAGUGAGGGAGGACUGGAGAAGAGAGUAGUAGGGGAUUCCAACAACCAGGAGAGCCCAGCAGAGACAGACCUUGCAAACAACAAGGAGCACCUGAGCUUUAGAGCCUUUGAAAAGGCCAGUCUGGGGCAUUCUCUCUCUGAUUAUUUGUAUUUCAAGCACAGGAGCAAGAGUCUGAAAGAAUUACUGGAAAGAAAAAUGGAAAAACAGACAAUGCUUAUAGGCAUUUAAAUGGACGUUUUAAAGCAGCUGAAAAAUGAGAAACAGAUAGCUUUGAGCAUGAACUGUAAUUUACCAAAGCCUGAAAUUUUUUAGUAGUCUUUACAAGUGAACAAGCCCAAACAAUAAAAACAUAUUGAAGUAAAAAGCAUACAUGAAAAGAAUAAAGUAGUCCACAGAGAUCACAAAACGCAAUAGAUUUUGAACUAUGAGAUUUUUAUCCACUUGGUAUACAAGCAGAUGAUAGGGUGGGUACAGAAGUUUAUUUUCCUCUAUCUGGUAUUGGGGAUGCUAUAUGUUACACUCAAUUUUCUAGUUAUCAGAAAAAAAAUAAAGUACUCUAGUAUUUCAUUUAUUCUCUGACUAAAUAUAUUAGACAGCGUCUAACCACAGGUCUCAAAAAAUCUGAAAAUACUGAACAUUUCAUGCCAUAAGCAAGAGAACUGUUAAAGAUGGUGAGCAUAAAAAUGCCAUCCAUCUCAGAUCACUUCAUAUACUACUGUGACUUACAUUGAGGAAUGGGGAAAAAAUUACGAAGAAAUGCUAACAUUUCAUCUUGUGAGACAACAAAGUGCAAAAGUGUAAGGCUUUGGAAAGGCUGGAAUUUCUUAUGGUUGCAGAAGCUUCUUCUCUGGCAAAAGGACUGCCUGUGUUUUGACGUGUUUCAUUUAGUAUGGAAGCAUUCAGCUGAUCUUCAAAUGAAAUGGCAUGGACCGCGUUGACAUUUUGUUCUAAUGUCUGCUCACACCAAUACACUUAAUGAGCAGCAGCUCGUAGCAUUUGCAAGUAUUGCUGUAAUUACACAUAAAACAAAGAGAGUAAUUUCAUUGAGAAAAUGAUGUAAUUUUGCUGUUUCUCUUCCAGUUUAUCUUGGCAAGAUAUGAUUUUUAAAAUACAAAGCCCAAUCAGAUUUUAUUUUGGAAGGGAUUCCAGAAAAGAGACUAGUAAGGGUGAAGCAAUACUUCACAAAGAAAGAGCUUUUUUUUUAUUUUCUCUUAUCUGAGUCAGAAUUUUUCCCUCAUUAACACAGCUUGACCAGUGAGCUCCUGGCCUUUCAGAAUAAUUCCACUCAUGCUGUUUUAAUGAGUCAUUCCCAGCUUUUUAUUCUGAUUCAGAUUCAUGCAAUUAUAUGUUCAUUAUAAAGAUGCUAGAAGCACCUUUAAGCACACUCCAUCAAUAGCAUUUUUUGGCCAGCACCUUGAAUCCUACAUCUUCAGCAUACAAGACUAGUGGGCCCAAGCCAUACUGUUACUUAGAGGAAAUAAAGAUUUUAAAAGUCAUUUAAUUAUUCCAGUAUAAUUUUUGGAAAUUACAGCUCAAUAGGUUAAACUCCUUUAAAUAUGGUAUUUCAUUUCCAAAUACUGUCACCUUCUUCAUUUCCCUACCAAUAUUUUAAUUUGAAAUACCUUGUUAUCAUGCUUGAUGUUUAUUAUGUAGGUAACUCCAAAAGUAAUGCCUUCUGUUUUUAUUUAUUUUUCUAUGGAAACCCCAAAAGAUACAAAGAGCAAAAUAACACAAUUCUGUAGAAAAAAAUUCUCAGCUACAAAAGACUGUUUUCUGGCAUAGUCAGCACCACUGGCUAUGCAUUUUCAUCAGCAAUGAACAUGAUCCUUCAUGUCAAGCUCAUAACAAUCUGCACCGGUGGAGAUGGCCUGCUCUUGCCAUCACCACUGCUGAAACUCACCACCCACUGCAUCAUUGUGCUCACAUCCACUGUUUGGUCUCCAUAAACAUUCAGCAAACAUCAGUGAAUGUCAGUGGGUGCCAUUUUUUUCAUCAUGGAGGAAUUCAGUGACACACCUUUGCUUCAUACAUACCUCCAUGUCAGGUGUUAUUCUGUCAGAGUGCCCCUCUGCUGCUAUGUGUCAUAUGGCAACAAGAUGCAAUGGGAUGUUGGUGGGAAGGCUCAGCCUCUAUUGUCAUACCACCAACGUACAUCUCUGAUGUCACGGGCCAACAUAACAUAGGAGGCAUUACUUUUGGAGAAGUAAUAUUAAAUACGAAGUCACAUAUGUGUGGCUUACUAAUACAAGAAGCAUGUUGCUGCAGCUCUCUGCUAUUAUAAGAAACCUCUCAUGUUACAGAAGGAAUAAUUCUCACACCAGUUAAUCAGCAAUCACAAAGCAACUGUACUUCUUUAGAAUACAAAACUGUGCUUGUAUAGGCUGAGGCUGUAGGAGGUGGUUCUAUUUUUCAGUGUUCAGACCUGGCAUAAUAAGAGUUCUGAAUGACUAGGAGAAUAAGCUGUUGGUGUAAGAAGUUUAUCAGUACUUUUCACUCCUCUAAGUAUAAUUAACCAUAGUUGAUGUACAGAGUUUUUAAAAAUAAAGAGGAUAUAUAAAAUUGACGUGGAAUGUAGGUGACUUCAGGACUAGUCUGAAUGAUGUCUUUCAAAAUAAGGGUAUUUUUUGGAUGUUUUAUCAUAUAUGUUUUUUAUGUUUUUUCAUAUACAUCCAACUUGUUUCUUGCUUCAAAUGCAAGAUAACUCCUCUUUAAAGUAAAAUGUGUACAGCUGCUUUCUUUCUUGGAAAACAGGAGAAGUGAUCAGUCAGAAAUUCAAUGUAAUCAGUUGUCUCUUAGAAAAGGGAAAAAUGACAGUUACCUUCCUGGUAAUGUCUUGCUUCUACCAGAUGGAAGUUUCAGCCAACAGCUGAGUACCACAAACUCUUGGAAAUAUCUCUGUCAAGCUGGUACACUUCAAUUCCACUUCUGCAGCCACAACAGUUCCUAUAAUUACAUGAAUAAGCAAGAGAUCAGGAACAUGGCUGCAGUUCCUAUAUUUUUUUUUCUUUAAUGCAACUUAUAUAACUUGUAUAUUUAUAUAAUUUGCUAAACAUAUACAUGCAGAAAGUAAAAGAAUACCCAGAAUGGCAAUGCUGUUUGGGAUUAAUUUGUAGCAUACAUCACUUUUCCUGCAUUCUUCCUAGAAAGUGGAGAAUAUUCUAUUACAGUGAGACUUGGAGAAUGUGCCCAGUCCCACAGUCACCCUAAGCUCAUUCACAAGCACCUCAGGCUAACUCAUGUUAGAGCAGUAAAUAAUUUGUUUAAAAACUCAAGUCGCAGGUCAGAGGAAUCACAAACAAAAGCAAUACUGAAAUAAAGAGACAAGUGUCAAGUGACCCGUGCUAAGGGAUUAGGAGGUGGCAACUCUCCAUGCUGCAGAAUGUAAUGUAGCUGAGUUUAAGACACUUGUUAUAAAGAGGCCUCAAGGGACAAAUUAUAAGUGAAAUAACAGCCUUCAUUGUGAAGCACCUUGCUUGUCAAAUGUAAGUUAUUUUCACACUAUUUACAUUGGCACCAUUCUGGGAACAGACAGUAACAACCUUUGCUUUUUAAUAGCUUUGAAAAUGCUUUAUAGAAGUUUACUCUCAUAAUGAAGCUAUUUCCCAUCUCUAGAUUUUGAGGGAUUAACUUCCUUGUUUUCUCUGAAUAGAGGCCUGGUAAUUCUGCAGAGACAUUUUCUGUGUCCUGACCCUGGAACAAUCUUUUUCUUUCUUUUUUUUUUUUUUUUUUUUUUUUUUUUUUUUUUUUUUUUUCUUUACUGCUUCCUAAAAUGAGUCUCUCCACUCUCUUUUUGCAAUAUUGUAGACCAAAAAAAUGCUUGUAUCUCACUCUUCUCUGCUACUUGAACUUUCAGCUUUGAUACAAUAAUAAAUUAAGGCCCAGUCUUCGUCACAUGUAUCACAUCCAUUUAGUUUUCCUGCAUUAUUACAAAAGCCAAAGUUCAUUCCCUUGGAAAGCAUCAAAACAAAUGAGAGUGAGCACAAACGCAUACAGCUGAGAUAUUUUCCAAAACAGAUGCUCAGGAAACUUUGCUGAUUAAACAGUAAAUGUGCAACAGCAUAAUGAGGUUGAGAAAGUGAAGGCAUGUGGCUUGUUAAGUAGGAUGUUUUUCUGCUCUUUAGAGCAGCAAAGAGAAUUCUGGAAGACGCUGUUGGCACAGAAUAGAGGAUGAAAAUUCAAAAGCUGGAUUAAGAAAAUCUGCGUAUGAAGGAACAUAAUUUUUCUUAAGAAGGAGAAGGUGUAAUCUGAAAUAAGUGACGUUUUGGGUUCGGCCACAAGGACUCAGACAUCUCCUUGUGACAUGGAGUUCUCUUGUCUGCCGAGCAGACUCUGAUUUGUUAUAGCAAGGACAGGUGCAAUGUGCUCAGUAAAUCAAAGGAUAAAACACCUUAUAAUAACAUUAUAACAAUUCUAUCCUGCACUGUGCCUUACCAAACAGGCCCUUGGAAAGUUACAAGAUACACCUAAUUCUACCGCACUCACUUCUUUACAAAUCUGUCUUGAUCCCAUGGCUAUUCUCUGAUUUCUCUCUUCAUAUGGUGCUGCUGGACUCUGCUAUUAUUAGUGUACGGUUAAGAAGUAAUAUAAGUACUGUAUUUAUUACAUCAAGAGUUUCUAAUAAUUAUUAACAGUUUUGAAAAUAAACUUUGUCUGCUUAGCUGAACAAGAUAUAACAGAGCUAACAUUAUGUACUCCUAACAAGUUUUGCAUAUACUACAGUGUAUAUUUAUUUCAUGCGAAAUGCUGGGUUGUUAUUUGAAACCCAAACUCAAAAAAUGGACCAACUUUCUGAAUUCUUAGUUUCCAGCAUUCAAUUUCAGUAGUAAAAGCAUAUAUGAUGUAUUGUAUUAACUUAAAUAUAUACUAGAGAUGCUGCUGUACUUUGUGUUGAAAUGGAUCUGGAGUUCUUGGCACCUUUGCUAUUUUACAUAAUAAACACAUGGGGAUGAUCUGACAAA